CCCAAGGCCAUGGAGUGGCUCAGCCGGUAACAGGGAACAAGUUUUAACAUCCCAGUACUCUGGAAGAUGAUUCUAGGCAGAAAGAGAUUCUAAAACUGAGGACAAGUGUUCCAGCUCCAUGGAAAAGUGACAUCCUCAGAGGCACUCGGCGCUGCUGUGGAAGAGCUGUGCCAGCACAGCCCCGGUGAUCCCUUUGGUCAACACAAACCCGCGGUCAGAUUUGUGCUCAGUCAGCGCCCCGAGGGACCGGGGAGCUCCUAAUGACCAAACUUGCAGCGCUUUCCAUAUUUCUGCGAGCGACCUUGGGAUCUCUAGAGACAGAACAAAAGCUACACUUGCAGAGGGAGUCAAGAUCUGAAGAAGUCCCAGACGAUGGCUUCUGAUGCCAGUCACAUGCUGGAAGCAGCUUUGGAGCAAAUGGAUGACAUCAUUGCAGGCACCAAGUCAGCCACAGAAUAUGCCAAUGGUGGUUAUGAUAUUGUGUCACCUGCUCCCUCAGUGUACCUGGGCACGUUUCAGAUUCUGCACCUCCUGGAGGAUCUGAAGAUGGCCCUGGAGAUGCUGGAGGACCCUCAGGAGAAGGAAGCGCUGCGGAACCAAAUCCCGGGGGCCACAGCCGCGUGUCUGAGGGAGUGGUUUGAGGAGAACCUGUCACAGGUGAACCAUCAUCCAUCCAAUAAUGAAACUUAUCAAGAGAGGCUGGCACGAUUAGAGGGUGAUAAAGAGUCGCUCAUCCUGCAGGUGAGUGUUCUCACGGAUCAGGUGGAGGCUCAAGGAGAGAAAAUCCGGGACUUGGAAAUCUGUCUGGAGGGGCAUCAGUUGAAGCUGAAUGCUACAGAGGAAAUGCUCCAACAGGAGCUGCUGAGUCGCACCUCGCUCGAGACGCAGAAAUUGGAUCUGAUGGCUGAAGUUUCAGACCUGAAGAUCAAGCUGGUUGGUAUGGAGAAGGAGCACAGUGAAUAUGAAGAGAAACAGAACAAAGCUGAGGGCUUGUUACAGGAACUCAGACACCUCAAAAUUAAAGUGGAAGAACUGGAAAAUGAAAGAAAUCAGUACGAGUGGAAAUUGAAAGCAACUAAAGCAGAGAUAGCCCAGCUCCAGGAGCAACUGGCUCUCAAAGAUGCAGAGAUAGAACGCUUGCAAAGCCAGCUCUCCAGGACCUCCUCCUACACUGAAGUGGCAGAAAGAGAGGAAGUUUAUAGGAGAAGGCUAAAAGAAAAACACCAAGAAGUUCAGCGGUUGAAGAUAGGAAUGGAGACGUUACUGGCUGCAAAUGAAGAAAAGGACCGUCGGAUAGAGGAGCUGACACUGCUGCUAAGCCAGUACAGGAGGGUCAAGGACAUCAUGGUUGCAGCUCAUGGCUCUUCUGUCGCUGGUGGCAGUGAGGAGGAACUUGAGGCAGCUUUAAGGAAGUGGAAUUUUUUGAACAGCACUCCAGGAGAAUUACUGAAAACAGAGGCCUCUGCAGGAGAACUGUCAGCAGCUGUGCUCCCUCCAGUGCCACACAAAGCCGUGGAAGUCAGUGGAAGCAUUCCAGUACUUUCAAGCAAUUUAACCUCUCAGCAGGAAGAAUCUUUGGAAAUCACAAAUAGGGUUCCACAGAAAAAAAAGUCAAGCAGUUUAGAAGACUUGCAGAGCGAAUGCUUGGAAAAGUAUGUAGAUGGAAAACCAGCACAGCCUGUUGUAGAACAAGAGCAGAGUAAGGCAAUGGGGAAAAGCAGCAAGUACCAAACGCUGCCAGGGAAGCUGCCCCGGCCCCUGCAGAACGGGGAGCAGGGCGUGUCCAGGUCCCCAGAUGGAGGUGGCGCGAGUGACAGCGGUGACAGCGGCGUCCCGGGCCUGAGGGAAACAGAGAAUACGGAUGGUACGCUGGUCUCGGAUGACCUUUCACCUCUCUCUUUGGGAACGGAUUCAGGUCCACAGUCUCCAUGGUCUCCAGAAAACAGAAAGAGUCCAAAAGGGAUCAAGAAAAUCUGGGGAAAAAUACGAAGGACUCAGUCAGGUAACUUCCCUGCAGACGACCUGGGCCUGGCAGAGUUCCGCAGGGGAGGACUCCGGGCCACGGCUGGACCGCGCUUAUCCCGCUCCAAGGACACCAAAGGCCACAAGAGUGACCACAAUGCCCCAUUUGCUCAGUGGAGCACCGAAAGGGUUUGUAACUGGCUUGAGGACUUUGGCCUGGGCCAGUACGUGAUUUUUGCCCGGCAGUGGGUGACAUCAGGCCACACGCUGUUAACUGCAACACCUCAGGACAUGGAAAAGGAAAUGGGAAUAAAGCAUCCACUGCACAGGAAGAAACUGGUUUUGGCCAUUAAAGCUAUAAAUGCAAAACAAGACGAGAAGUCUGCACAACUUGAUCAUAUCUGGGUGACACGGUGGCUUGAUGACAUUGGCUUACCUCAGUACAAAGACCAGUUUCAUGAAUCCAGAGUAGAUGGGAGGAUGUUGCAGUACUUAACUGUGAAUGACCUUCUCUUCCUGAAAGUCACCAGUCAGCUGCAUCACCUGAGUAUUAAAUGUGCCAUUCACGUGCUGCACAUCAAUGGCUUCAACCCCCACUGUCUACGCAGGAGGCCGGUUGAGGAGAACAGCAUCUCUGCUUCCGACGUGGUGCAGUGGUCCAACCACAGGGUGAUGGAGUGGCUCCGAUCAGUGGACCUGGCAGAAUACGCUCCCAACCUCCGAGGCAGCGGAGUGCACGGCGGCCUCAUCAUUCUGGAAUCUCGCUUCAAUGGCGACACGCUGGCCAUGCUCCUGAACAUCCCACCCCAGAAGACCCUCCUGCGCCGCCACCUCACCACCAAUUUUAACGUGUUGAUUGGGCCAGAGGCACAGCAGGAAAAAAGAGAAGUCGUGGAGUCAGCAGCAUACACACCCCUGACCACCACUGCCAAAGUUCGGCCAAGGAAACUUGGAUUUUCGCAUUUUGGAAACUUGAGGAAAAAGAAGUUUGAUGAAUCGACAGACUACAUUUGUCCUAUGGAUACAAGCCAAGCUGCUGCAAAUGGUACUUCGAAAAACUACGGCGGCCACAAAGGACUCAGUCCUCUCACUGACAGGGAACUGGAUCAGGUGGGACAGACAGACUGAUGCCAUCCUCAUCUCAUCCUCUCCCUGCAUUCCAAAGCUUGCAAAUAACCCAAUGUUCCUCUGUAACAAACUCUUUGCUGCAUCCGCAUGAACUCACUGGGAAAAGUAUUGGCUGUGGACAUUUGAAAGAGUUCCAGACUAAGAAUGUUGGGGGUUUUUUUAAUCAACAUCAUCAUAAACUCAUCCAUCCUCAAGCUCUUUUUCAGGACUAUGACACCUUUACACUCCGAAGAUGGAGGUAUUUUGUCAGUCAAGGGCGUGGUUGCAGUAAACAUGAAACUUUUGUAAUGCUAGUUUUCAUAAUUUUAGUAUGGCACACUAUUUUUUCAUUAUCUUUAUGGGUGGUUUUUGAUGUAAUAAAUCCAUUUGGACAAACUUAUACAAAGCUAUCAAGUCAUAUUAAAAUACAACUGGAUUGUAUUUUUUAACAGACAGUAAUCAGAGAAUCCAACUGAAUUUUUUCUUUCAUGGUGUACAGUGGGGAGUAGUUCUGUUUAGACAUUAUAUGUGAAGACAAUGCAUCAGCAACGAACAAAUUAUUAAUAAAGCAACAGUUAAUUCACUUCUGUAAUGUAGUAGUGAACUUGUGAAUGAAACUGCCUAGACAGCAUAUGAUAAAGACUAAAGAUGAUCCAAUUUUAUUUCAACUUUGCUGUUGUGUAAAGGGAUGCAAACCCUGAAAAACAGAGCGCUCCUGGAGCCUUGUGUGAACUUUGGCAACACACAAGAGCCACACAGAGGCAGCUGGAGUAAACUGGCCUUUCUCCAGUGACACAAAAACAGUUUAAGCCUCAUAAGAGAAUGGUCACAACAUUGAAAAGACUAACUGUGAAGGUAAUUUUUUCAUUUGCAUGGUUGAAUGCUUCUAACAUCUCAUUUGUGUUCAUUGGCUGACCGUGGUCAUUUUCAAUGUACUGCUCCUAAACAGGGGGAAUACCAAAGCCUGACUGUGAGUGUGGAUGUCCACGUGCUCAGCUAAGAGUUGUGAGGGGAUGCAUUAACUUGGAGCCAAGAACUUGCACUGUGCAGUUCUUCAAGCAUGACAGAAAGACUGGAUUUUGCACUGUCUGGCAGCAUGGUCUGUCUGUUAAGCAUGACUUCUGAGCAUGUGGCCCAUGCAGGACAUCCCAGUGCCCAGAACUGGUGACACUGCUAUGUAAAAAGAGGUAGGACUGUCUCAAGGACUUCUUGCCUGUGAAAGAAGCAUACCAUAGUGUUAGACCAUUUGGAAAUGACUUUUCAUUGGUAAUAUCAGUUAAGCUUUUCCUUUUCUUCUGUGAAAUAGAGGCCAAGUUUCAUGGAAUCAAUAUCUCUUCAUCAGGAUCCACUCUUCCUGUCAUUAAAUGCAUUUUCACAUACCUUGUAGCACAGAGGCAUUUUUGUUAAGGAGCCUUUUAACUUAACCAAAUUCAUUUGUCCAGGCACAGAUGCCACCCAAAACUGCAUGUAGAAUGAAUAAAAUGGCACGUGCUGUCUGAUUUGAACUAGUUGCUGACUGCUUUUACAGAUGGAACACUCAGAAGGCACAGUCAUGCAAAUAGGGGCUCUUUCCCAAGGCAUAACCCACCUCACGGUGAGUACUCGUUCCUCUCUUGUUCCAAAGUCAUAAAUGUGUUCUGCCAAAACUCACUGAACUCAGUCACUGCUGGUGGUAAUGAAGAGUGAGUUGGUCUCUGCUCUUGUCAAGUAUCUCUUUACAGCCUGGUGGGACAUCCAGUCAGAAAAACACCCUGCUUUUAAAUUGCUCUAGAAAUUAAGCUUCGUUUUAAGUUUUCGUGAACUCCGCUGCCUCUGACAAAAUGAAAACAAUUCUUCCAAGAUUUUGCAGGUAACCACCACCUCAGGCACAGCAGCUAGGAAUGAGGUACACACUUGUGAAAAUUUACAUGAGGUAAAACUCAGCAAAACAAAACACUUUAGUUCUGCUGCUUCGUUCCACAGAAGCUAAUUUAUUAAGAAAUAAAAAUAAGCGACCAGAACAUGUAAUGAAGAACUAUGAAAUACAGUUGAGUUGCAUGCCAGACACAGAAUCUCUAAGAAUUUCCUCAGGCAAGAAAGUUAUUUAAAGCUGAAGAAAUUAAUUUUGAUUGUGUGGCUGUCACCACCUGUGUUGUGAGCCGGCUGUUAUUGCAGCUGGGUCUCUGGGAGCACAGGCCCUUCACCAAACCCCCUCAGUCCUGCCCUUCUUGUUCUUUCAGACGCUGCUGAGCCAGGAUGAAAUGCUGAAUGACAGCAGGUUUUUGACACCGACCUUUGAAGACUGGAGAUGAUGCUUCAGCAUGACCAAGAACACGACUUGUACCUCGUGCCUACAGGAGGGGCCAGGAGCAGCUGGAUGCUGUGCAGCAGGAAAGCUUUCCCUCCUUCCUGCCACUGCCACCUCCACGCAGCAUUUCCCCCUGUCAGUGCAGCCACACCUUACAGGUAACUUUCUUCUGUGCUGUCUUCCCACAUCAUGUAAUAGGAAACGGUGUUGGGAGAGGAGUGGGACUCAUACCCAGAGUCGGGAAAGCCAAGACUGGCAACAUUGUGUCCUUCUAUUCACUGUCCUUUACAUGCUAUGUUGAUGUACUGUUACAUGAAAGACUUUUGGUAAUUUUUUAUUUUUAUAAUUGUAGUGCAGGAAUCAUUAAUACAUAACUGUGUUGUGGGGGUUAAUCAGAGCUACCUGGAAUUGAGCUGGAUGCUGGUGAGAGCCCUCUUUUUUAUCCAAGUCAGUGCACUGUAGGAUGGGAAGAAUGGAACAUAACACUGUCCACCAAGCCCUUGCUUUUAUUAGGAUGAUGAGCUGCCAUGUUCACAAAUCUUUACCUAAGGCAAAAAGAACUGUAGUAGGAAAUUGUAACUCAGACUACCAGGAAAGUACCAGAAUAACACAAAUAUUUCUUUGAAACACCUGACAAAAUAAAUCUGUUGUUGUACUGGGCUAGACAGGACUGCAUCAGAGGGAAAUGUGGCCUCUCACUUUCUGAGGGGCUAGGGGUGAAGCUAUCACCUUUACAGCAGCAAUUACUUGUGGCAUCUGUUUACAUGUGCAUCUCCUGUAUUAGUGAGCUACUAAGAAGCUCUCUUAGUAAACACAUAAAUGCCAGAAAAAAAAUCUCCCUAACUGUAAGGAGAAGUACUUUAUACAGGGUUGGUUUGCAUCACACCCUCCUUGCUGGCUGCAGGUGUUGCUUUAGAUUCUAAUACAGCCUGAGGGCAGGUCACUGCCAGCCACAACCCUCCCACAUAAAGAGGAAAACUCCAGGGCUGGCCACAGAAUGCAGCUAGGGCUCUUGGAGAACUACCUGGGGUGCUUUUUACAGGUCCCUCAUGACAGACCUUGCACUGUAUGGUCAGGUGUAAGAAGACAAACACAUGAUUUGAUUGUCCACGGUGGGAAAAUCGAGGCAGGUUCUUUUCCAUCACUGCAAACUGCAAAAAAGGAUAACUCAGGAGAAUGAGAAGUAAGUCUAUGCAUCAGCAAACUGUACUGUUUAAUGUUUAAUAAAAAGUAUUAAAUGUACCAGUCUGGCAAUGCAGUCAGUGCUAGUGACCAGUUCAGGUACCAUGGGUGUUUGAAAUCCUUUGUCAGGUCAAUUAGCCAACAGACUUAUUACAGCACUGUAAAUGGGCUGCUCCCAUUCCAAACACAACAUUUUCUAUUUCUUUUCAUGCUGUCUUUACAACUCAGUGUGUUGUUGUGCUAACUUGGCUGUGAAUAGUCAAUCCACAAAACAAUUGAUUCUUCUUUUAAAUAUAGGUAGUAAGAAAUCCUGAUUAGCAUAACACUGGUAUAAAUGCUUAUUUUUUGACUGUUAUGAAUAAAUUCUGAAUGUUCCCCUCUC